CUGCCUGCUGGGAUGAGGCUAGCCACCGGAGAACCACUGAGAUCGUUACAAAUCUGAGAAAAGACGCACAAUAUCAGCGAUAAGUCGCCACAACGAGCAGCCGUCAAUCACCAGGCUCCAGGAGAAGGGAGGAAAGAGGCGCGUCGCCAAAAUGAUGGAAGAAAUAGACAGAUUUCAAGUGCCGAGCGCCGUGCAGGAGGCGGAGAUGCAGGCUGAGAUGCAGCCGCUCGACCCAGCCUCUUCCACAGCCUCCGAGGCAGACUCUGACACCAGAGAGGGGGAACCUGUCACCAUCAACUACAAGCCCUCACCCCUGCAGAUGAAAAUAGAGAAACAGAGAGAGCUGGCCAGGAAGGGCUCGUUGAAGAACGGCAACACUGUAGGUAGUCCAGUCAACCAGCAACCCAAGAAGAACAACGUCAUGGCCAGAACACGGUUGGUAGUGCCCAAUAAAGGCUAUUCCUCACUAGACCAGAGUCCAGAUGAGAAGCCCCUGGUGGCCCUAGACACAGACAGUGAUGAUGACUUCGACAUGUCUAGAUACUCAUCAUCGGGAUACUCCUCAGCCGAGCAAAUCAACCAGGAUCUGAACAUCCAGCUACUGAAGGACGGCUACCGUCUUGAUGAGAUCCCAGACGACGAGGACCUGGAUCUGAUCCCACCCAAAUCCGUCAACCCCACCUGCAUGUGCUGCCAGGCAACCUCCUCUACCGCCUGUCAAAUACAGUAACCCCGCCCCUUCUGACCCCUCCCCCCCUCCUGCCCCCCUCCCCUUUCGACACAACAUAACCCCCCAAACCUCAUCUGCUGUGAGUUUACUUCGCCACCAGAGCGGCGACAGAGAAGCAUUGGUAGAAUAUUGUUACAACAGUUAUGUGCUACUAUGAUAACGACAAUGACAAAGUAAUCAAAAUUAACAAAUUAAAGUCGAGUUUAAAUCUAGGAGAGGGAAAAAUAUGAAUUGUGAGAAUAUUCAGUAUAUAUUUGAAUUGUGACUGACAGUGAUGGUUUCCUCCUAUGGUAGGACGUGCACUUGUGUUUGAGGCCCCUGGGGGGGGAGGGCUGACUCACUCUUAGCCUUCCCAUUACCUUCUCCUGGAGAACAUGAUGUAACAUAAAAACACUGACAUCAGUAGAGAGAAAGCAAAAGGUCAUUGGAUGCUAGAAAAAAAAUUAUUUCCAUUUCCCUGAAGAUCAAGAAAUAUUAUCAUAACUCCUGCUGACUCAGCUGCUCUGCUUACCUGAGUUAUAGGUUGUAUUUAUUGCAUUUGUAUUCGAUUUCUUUUUUUAAUUUUUAUUUGAUGGCUUACUUUUUUCAGACAGGAAGGGUCGGUAUGACCGUUUUGGCUGAAGUGGACAUAUCUGAAAAGUGGACUGCGGUCUCAGUACCUUGAAUAGAAGCUCUCUGGUACUGUAUUUGUUGUCAUGUAGCACAGGCCAGGUCAGUGCAGCCAUUCAUGCGCUUGCCCUCUGCUUUCUUUUUUUUCUUUCUUCCUUUACCCUACUGUUUACUGGCUUGAGGUGCUUCAUGGUUUGAGUUUAGUGAUGAAUGUAUGAACAUGAAUGGCAGAGGAACAAAACAUGCAUGAAGAGCACCAGACUGAAUCAAAAUAAUGGCAAAUAAUGUCGAGCAGCCUGUUGCACAUCUGAAUUGGCGACUUGUUUCCCCAUUUCUACUGUGUUCUCACACUUUAUUAUUUUGGCACUUGUUUGACUUGUACUGUUUUGAAUGUCUUACCGUUGCACAUUUUUAAUUUGAUUUGCUGGCCGAUAUCUGGAUGAUACUCUUUCCUAAAUAGCAGUGACAGUGUCUUAUCUGAAAUGAACUGUGUCAAAAGGGAAGACUACAUAUCGUUGCACCGACCCUCCAACACACGACACAUACACAACUCUCCUCUUCUUAUUGAGGCCAAAGGGACUGGGAGGCCGGACUCGAGAUGUUGUUGUUGCUGUUCUUAGCUUUAGAUAGAUUUUUCAGCAUCUUACUAUUAUCUUUUCCAAGUGUCACAGAACCUGACGAUCACUGUAUACUCCUGCCAUCCCAUCUCUACAGGACAGUUUUAUGCCAUAGAGAGACAAAGGAGCGCACAGGUUCAGACUUGGGAAUGGGUUCCCUUUUCUUCUCUCUCUCCCACACACACACACACACACAGGCAUGCAUGCAUGCAUGCAUGCAUGCAUGCAUACAGACAUAUAAUGCCAACAUAAAGAGUGGGGUGUCAUUUUUUCUUUUAAUAACAGUUUGGGAAUCAUUUUUAAAUCGUAACAUGAUGGAUCCUUGAGCACUAACCCCCCUCACUGACAGCCCUCUCUCUCUCUCUGUCUCCUUUAAAUCAGUUGAUUAUUUGCAAUUAGAGUAUGCCUUAAGUACAGAGAUGUUUAAAAGAAGCGUGGAUAAUUAUUGCCAUCUUGACUUAAUUUAUUUGAAAGAGCAUUUGCUGUCUAUGAAGUUAUGCAUUACAUUUUUUUUUUUUUUUUUUUUUUUACAUUUAGACACGGGUGACAAUUUUUUUUUUUUCUUUUUUCAAAUGAUUUUGUUGUAUUGUAAACACUUCCAUUCCAGUAUUUAACAAUGUUAUUGUUAUGUGUAGUGUAUGAAAGUAAUAAACACAAAGCUAAUGGAG